GACAGCGAUAGACAUAAGACAUGACAUGAACCAUCGAUACUGAAUAAAGGCAGCUCGUACAGUGGUAAACAAACGCACGCGAGGGGAUCCUAUUUAGUAGCAGACGGAGUGUUCCCGCAGGUCUUUUGGGAGUCUUUCUUAUCGACGGUGUAAGUAUGGAGUUUCCCGAGGGUGUUGACCAACUGGAGCUGCUGCAGAGUCAGAGGAGUGUGGUCCCCAUGGCGACGGCAAGUGGGUGGAGCGAGGGAGAGGAAGAGGAGGAGGAGGAGGAGUGUGUGAGGACUGAGGAGUGGUACGCUGAGGAGGAGGCUCGUCUGCAGCACACACUCACACCUGCUCAACUCAUGCUGUGGGCUGCAGAGAACAACCGGGUGGCCACAGUACAGAGGAUGGUGUCCUCAGACUCUUCCCUGAUUGGCUGCCGGGACUCUGACGGCUACACCCCUCUGCACCGGGCGGCCUACGGGGGCCACCUGGAGGUGGUCUGUGUCCUGAUUGGUGCAGGGGCGGAGCUGGAGGCGCGAACGGCAGACGAUUGGACGCCGCUGCACUGUGCCUGUCGAUGGGACAACGUGGCCGUGGCCUCCUGCCUGCUGCGGCUGGGCGCCUCGGCCAACAGCCAAUCGCACGGCGGCCUGACGCCCCUGCAUCUGGCCGCGGGGAACCCCGCCAGCGGCCGCAGCCUCGAGCUGCUUCUGAUGCAUCGCCACCUGCAGGCCGACGCGCGCAACAGCGGUGGCGACACCGCCAAGGACAUAGCAUUACGCACUAGCAAACACCACACUCUCUUCCAGAUUAUACAAUCACACAACAAUACACACACACACUAACACGGACCACACACACAUAACACACACACACACACAUGAAACACACACACACACACAGCCAAGGAUGUUGUGGUACGCGCUAGCAAACACUCUCUUCCAGAUUACACACACACACACACACACAUAACAUACACACCCUUAUACAGACCACACACACACGGCCAAGGAUGUUAUGGUACGCGCUAGCAAACACCAUACUCUCUUCCAGAUUACACAGAACACACAACAAUACACAUACAGUAACAGAGACCACACACACAAACACACACACCGGCGCUCUACCAAACACCACACUCUCUCCAGAUUACACACUCGCACUAACAGAGACCACACACACACCAGCAAGGACAUUGCGUUACUUACUAGCUAACACAAUACUCUCUUCCAGAUAACACACUCGCACAACAAUACACACACACACUAACACCGACCACUCACACAAAAGGAUGUCGUGGUACGCUCUAGCAAAUACCAUACUCUCUUCCAGAUUACACACACACACACACACACACACACACACACACACACACAACACACACACCCUAAUGCAGACCAUACACACACACCGCCAAGGAUGUGGCGGUAGGCGCUAGCAAACACCAUACUCUCUUCCAGAUUACACAGACACACGCACAACAAUACACACACACACACACUAACACACCUAGCGUUAUGCACUGGUGAACACCACAGUCUCUUCCAGAUCUCACACAUACCACUCACACACCUUAACACGGACCACACGCAGCGCAAAAUAUUAUGCAUCAGUAUACACCACACACCCUUUCAGAUCAAAUGCAUACAGUACACCUAACACACACACACUCACACAGACACCACAUAGCACGAUAAGAUACCACACUCUCUUCCAGAUCACAGAAACUUGUAUGUCACCACACGCCGGCAAAGACCACUCACACACUCUUGCUGGCUUUGAUGUCCUACAGAUGAGGACAAGCUCAUAAUGCAACAGAAUGGAUUAAAAUUCUAAAUAAUCUGA